CAAACACUGCCGGUGAUUGCCGAAAGUUUAUGCAAAUCUUCCUCUAUCUGUCAUCAAUGCAUGCAUGCGAACGCACAAACACAAAGCACAAACAACACAACACACCUUCCUUGCUUGCUUCCUUCCAACGCACACAGCAGUGCACGACGAUGGCUGAUGACGGCGCACGCGACGGCAGCGCUGCGGGUACAGAGGAGACGCCUCGUGAGUCACAGCCUGAAGUGACAGCGGUGGAGGAACCAACGCGGUCCCUGCGACCUCGCCGCACCAUCCGGCCACCAAAGCAGUUUGAUGAGGCCAACUUUGACCUCUCCCAGAGCGGCUUGGCCUCUGUGAACAAAGGGCGCGACCAGGCGGCACAACAGCACAAUGAACCGCAGACAAAGGCACCAACGGGCGGCAGCCCCACUCCUCCCUCGUCUCUCCCCUCUUCUUCUCCCCCUGCGCCCCCUCCUGCUUCAUCUGCCGCGAGUGAUGUUGGUGCAAGUAAAGCCCGCCAUCAUCCCACCGCAUCCACCCACUCAAGCAAACGCUCCACAGACGACCAUGACGCAGCAGCGCCUGCAUCUGGCGCACAAGACACCGCAACAGAGCAGCCACCAACAAAGCGGGGGAAGAGUGGAGGCAGCGGUAGCAGCGGCAGCAGCGGCAGCGGCAAGAACAACAUGGACACAAAGCACGAUGAUGAAGAGCAGGCAGAGGGUGGCGGUGGGGCUGAUGCAGACUCGAACGAUGACGAAGACGAGGAAGAUGCCGUGUACUGCUUGUGUCGACAGCCGGAUGACGGGCGCAUGAUGGUGUUUUGUGACUCGUGUCACGAGUGGUUCCACGUGGCAUGUGUUGGCCUGACAAAGAAGAAGGCAGAGAACCUCAGCAUCUUCUUCUGCCCACCGUGCAAAGAGAUACUCGAGGGCAAUGCAGCGUCCGCAGGCAGCGCGAAGAGCAAGAAGAAGCACAGCAAGGCCGUCGGUAAGGGCGUCUCACCCAAAUCCUUUUACGAGCGACAAAAGCGUGCAAAGAAGGCGCCAGAAGCAGCGGAGACAACGCCACCACGAUCGCCACCAGCGCCACCGCCUCCUGCUGAACUGUGCACGUAUUGCAAGGACAAGCCAAAGCGAAAGGAGGACGCGUAUUGCAGUGACGAGUGCGCUGCCCAGGCCGCCUCCGACACAUUCAUGGAGCUCUUGGGCGAAACCGACACAGCGCCUACACAACCCACGACUGCAGCACCAGCACCACCACAACCAACACCAGGAUCAUCAUCAUCGUCGUCGUCGUCUCGGCGAAAGGCGCGACCAUCGCGCCCCUCGCGAACACACACACACGCGAGCGGCGACGUGGCUGCGUUCCGUGACGUCUCACGCAAUAACCUGCAUCGGGUGGUGUCUGACCGGGCAAGCAGCAGCAGCAGCAGCGGUGUCGGGGAUCUGGACAUUGAUGCCGUCGUGGCGGAAAUUGAAAAGGGCGCAUUCCUCCAACACAGCGACAACAAGAAGCGGUACCUUGCGACAAUCCGGCGGCUGGUGAGCCACAUCCGCGACCCGGACAACGACCUCCUGCACCGCAUUGCCAGCGGCGAGGUGAAGCCGGUCGCCCUCGCGUCCCUCAAGCCGGAGGAACUCGCGAGCAAGCAGCUUGACCUGAACGAUCCGAGCGCGUACUUCAACGAACCGCCAGUGGCCGGACUCGGCAUGGCACCGCCCGCAGCCGCUGGCGCUGGUGAUGGCGAUGGUAACGACGCGAACAGCAACAACAGCGGUGGUGGUGGUGGUGCACAGCAGGGGAAGCAAGGUGAGCAGGAAGGUGGACAGCAACAGCAACAGCAACAGCAGCCGCAGCAAGGUGGUGUUGGGUCGAACACUGGCUCAGCAGUCGGCACACCGCGCACCAUCAACGUGGUGACGGCCGUAUCCAAGUUCAAAUGGGACGACGACGACGAUGACGACAACGUCGGCGGCGGCAGCGGUGGUUAUGGUGAUGACGACUACGACGAUGGGUUUGGUGAUGGCGGUGCCACGCCCCCGGGAACACCGCCCUGCAUGCGCGAUGAACAGGACGACGACGCAGAGCUGCUGCGAUCCAUGACGGAAUCGGUGUUUGCGGAUUUGAGUCGACGGGAGGAGGAGACCGCCGCUGGCGUCUGGUCGGGCACCGUAUCCAUGCCAGAGGUUGCCUCUGUGCAGAUGCGCGGCCAGCUGUGCUUUGGGCCGUCUGCUGAUCUCGCCAAUGUCCUCGGAUCGCACAUCAAGCAGGCAGGCCGCAUCAGACCAGCCCAGGUGUGGUCGUACAUUGGGAAGUUGCGCAAGACGGCGUCCAAGACGUACUAUCUCGUUGCUCUCACGCCGGAGACGGAUGACGACGAGAUGCCAUUUGUCACGCUCUUCGAGUACUUCCGAAGCCGGGACCGGCUCGGCGUGUGUGGGGAGGUGCAGCCCUCAAUCAAGGACGCGUAUCUUCUCCCCAUGAAGAAGGGCGAGCAGCUGCCGGCGGAACUGCAGAAGCUCAGGCUCAAGCAAACACAUGCGCUGCCGGAUGCAGAUCACCUCCUGGCCGUGAUCAUCUCGAACGAGCGGUCGUCGUCGUCGUCAUCCACUCGUCGCCGUUCCCACCACUCAUCCGCAUCGCAUCACCACCGCCGCCACCGCCACCAUCAUCAUCGCAAGGGGAGCCGGGGCAGUGCGACGCACACGCCGACAGAGACAGACACACACCAAGCGCAGCAGGAGCCAGUGGAAGAGUACACGCCAGGACAAAUCCUGCUGUGA